AUGAAAGAUGGUCUAUAUCCUUUUCAGACAAUUAACUUGGACAAACGACUCUUGAUCUAUUUUUCACUCGCUCGCUCUUCGCAAAUACAAGAAUGUAAUGGAUUGUAUAAAAAAGAUCUUAUAAAGGUGACAAAAAAUUCUGAACUUGAUAAAACUCGUCGGGAAAAGGCUGAAACGAUUCUUAACAAUUGGGAAAAUUGGACAAGCUUAAGAGAAAAUUCAAAGAUCACAAUGGUGGAACAAUUUGCAACCGGAAAUCCUCAGGUCAUUAACAACCACAUAAAACAUUGUCGAGAUGUGAGCAAUGGAAGAGAAGUUACGACACCAUCAAAAAAAAAUCAAAACUACUGUCGAAAGAUGAAUUCCAGAAUGACAAAUACAGAACGAAACGUAGACGAACCAUCGGAUUCAGUUGAGGGAGUUUCUCUUUAUAGUAGCAGGGAUAAUUCUUUUGGCAAUCACAACGAAGAACCAACUGAUGAUCAACUGAAGCAUCGCCAGUAA